CGUUACACCAAUCAAUGUAUUCGCCAACGACCGCCACGAAGAGGCUUAUUGCAAGUUCCGGUCCGGCAAUCCCAUAAUGACAAAAUAGUAGUAGAUCCUCCAAACCAACGCUGGCGCGUGCAGAUCUACGUUACUAUACUCAAAUACCCGAUUGGAGAGUCCACUGCUGAUCAUCACAUUCUUCUUUCCAGCAUCAUGAAGCUUCUGCCGACUCCUCCUGCGGAUGCUACAAAAUUCUGCAACUUUAUCACUGGGUCUCCGACGCCGUUCCAGGCCGUUGCCAAUUUGAGCGCACGGCUCGUCGAGUCAGGCUUCAAACCGAUCUCUGAGCGGUUGCUGAAUUCUGCCGAGCUGGCCAACGGUGGAAAGUAUUUCUACACUCGAAAUCAGUCAUCCCUCGUCGCGUUCACCCUCCCCAAGAACCCAUCGCCUACCACUGCUAUCUCCAUCGUGGCUGGACACACUGACAGUCCAUGCUUAAAGAUCCGUCCCGUGAGCAAGCGGGAGACUCAUGGAUACCUUCAAAUCGGCGUCGAAACGUAUGGUGGAGGUACAUGGCCAACAUGGUUUGAUCGAGACUUGGGACUAGCUGGUCGAGUCAUCGUAGCUCAGGACGAUGGCAAAUUCGUCUCAAAGCUUAUCAACCUCCACAGACCCUUGAUGCGUAUUCCCAACUUGGCUCCGCAUCUCGACCGGACUCUCAUCGAUGAGAUGAAAAUCAACAAGGAGACCAAUAUUCGACCGAUUGCGGGUUUGGCAGCCGAGAUAUUGAACGAGAAGAAGGACAAGGCGGAGACUAGCAAUGGCGAGAAAAAGUCUGGUAUGCAAGAGAGGCAUGAUCCCAUGCUGCUCAAGAUGAUUGCCGAGGAGCUUGAUUGUGGGGUAGAACACAUUCAAGACUUUGAAUUAUCCUUGUACGAUGUCCAGCCCGCUCAGGUCGGUGGCAUGUCAAACGAAUUCAUCUUUGCGGCUCGAAUGGAUAAUCUCAUGACAAGCUAUUCUGCCAUCGAAGCCCUUUGCGAGCACGCGACGACAUCCAAAACGGACGAUGACAAUGUUCACGCUGUCAUCGUCUUCGACAACGAAGAGAUCGGCAGUAUUUCCAAUCAUGGUGCCGAAUCCAACAUCUUGCCUAGCUUCGUCGAGCGAAUCGUUGCUAUGCCUGAAUUCGCCGAGAUCGGGUAUCAGCGGAUGCUGGCGCAUAGUUUCCUCAUCUCUGCGGACAUGGGUCACGCAUUGCAUCCCAACUACAGCGACAAGUACGAGCUGAACAACUCGCCAAAAAUGAACGCUGGUCCAGUCAUUAAAACCAACGCGAAUGGUCGAUACACAUCGACUGCUCAGACCACCUUCCUUCUCCGACAAGUCGCCAAGAAGGUCGGCGUUCCUCUGCAAGAUUACGAAGUCAGGAACGAUUCGAGCUGCGGCUCAACGAUCGGGCCCCACCUGUCUACCUAUCUACGCACUGUCGACAUCGGUCUAGCCACGUUGGCCAUGCACUCUAUCCGAGAGACGGCAGGAUCGGCCGAUGUACGAAUGUACAUUGACUUGUUCAAGGGUUUCUUUGACCACUUCGCGGAGAUCGACAAGGCUCUGAAAGUGGACUAGUCAAUUGUUCAGCCGAAAUGCGCGUGGACAAUCCACGAGUCAAAAGUGCAGUCUAGUCAUGCAUACAUACAA